AUGGAUGCGGCAGUUAAGCAGCACAAGCACCUAACGGGCAUUCCUGUCAGCAGCUACAAGAACGCUGUUCCGAAGAUUCUUAUCGGGAUCGAUAAUUUGCGGCUAGCGCUACCAUUGAAAGUACGAGAAGGAGAAGAUGGGACGGCGCCGGUGGCGGUGAAAACCAGACUAGGUUGGUGCGUCUACGGUCCCCAUGAAAGCAGUAAACAAGAUUCAUACAGUUUCCACAUCUGCGAAUGUUCCUGUGAUGAAACACUUCACGAGGCGGUGAAAGACUUCUUCGCCAUUGAAGGAGCAGGAGUAUGUCCGACAGUAAUCCCGAUGAAGCAGGAAGACGAACGGGCGCUAACCAUAAUGGAAGCCACAACUUACCGUGUUGGAAACCGCUUCGAAACGGGACUAAUUUGGAAAGAAGACCACGUAGAGUUCCCGAACAGCUAUUACAUGGCAGUGCGUCGGCUGGAAUGCCUAGAGCGCAGGAUGGAUCGUGACACGGUACUGAAGGAGAAUCUGCACCGACAAAUACGCGAAUACGCAGCAAAAGGAUACGCGCACAAGGCUACGAAAGCAGAAAUGGAAGCAGCGGAUCCAAGGAGAGUAUGGCACCUCCCAGUCGGAGCGGUGAUGAACCCAAAGAAACCGGGGAAAGUCCGCGUUAUUUGGGACGCUGCGGCUAAGGUCGACGGCGUAUCGCUCAACAGUGCACUCCUCAAAGGACCAGAUCAACUCUCUUCUCUUCCCGCGAUUCUUUCCGUUUCCGACUGUACGGGGUGGCAGUCAGCUCAGAUAUCCAGGAGAUGUUUCACCAGAUCCGAAUCCGAAAAGCAGACAAGAACUCCCAACGCUUCCUGUGGCGAGACAACCCGUCUGAGAAGCCCACGGAACGCCGAGCAACACCGAGAGCUGUAUCCGGAAGCGGUAAAAGCGAUUAUCAACGACCACUACGUUGAUGAUUAUCUGGCGAGUUUCAGCACGGAAGAGGAAGCAGCAAAAGUGGCACGCGAGGUACGACACGUACACGGCAACGGAGGGUUCGAAUUGCACAACUGGCGGUCGAACAGUAUCACGGUGCUAGAACGACUGGGCGAAGUUCCACUUGCAGCCGAAAAGCAACUGAAACUCGUUGACGGAGUGAAUACAGAGAGAGUGCUCGGAAUGCUAUGGAGUCCUUCAACCGACGAGCUGAGCUUUUCCACCCAGAUGAGUGUAGAAGUCCAGUCACUGAUUCAAACGGCCACGCGGCCGACAAAGAGGCAGGUACUACGAUGCGUGAUGACUCUAUUUGAUCCAUUGGGAUUGCUCUCACCGUUCCUCAUCCAUGGCAAAGUUCUUAUCCAAGACAUUUGGAGAGAAGGCACUGAAUGGGACGAACAAGUCAGCACAAACGUAUUUGCGAAAUGGCAGCGGUGGGUGCAGAUGAUUGAGUACAUCUCCGGGGUGCGCAUUCCUAGAUGUUAUUUCCACCAUGCGAAUCAUAAGACCUAUCACAACUCCGAGCUCCAUGUGUUCGUCGACGCAAGCGAGGUAGCGUACUCUUGUGCGAUCUAUCUGCGCACUCUUAGUUCAGAAAUGGGUCCGCUGUGCUGCUUAAUUGCUGCCAAAUCCAAAGUUGCUCCGCUGAAGCCGUGGUCUAUUCCCAGACUAGAACUACAAGGCUGUGUCUUGGGCGUACAACAGCCCUGGCCUGGAUCAUGGCCGACCCUAGGAGCUACUGACAAUUCGUGUCCCUUCAGAGUAGGAGAGAUUCUGGAGCACACCACGGCAAGCGAAUGGCGAUGGGUGCCAUCAAAGUCAAACCCAGCAGAUGAAGCGACUAAAUGGGGCAGCGGUCCGUACUUCGACCCAAACAGUAAGUGGUUCCAUGGUCCGGACUUCCUGCGCCUACCGGAGGAAGAGUGGCCUCAUCCAAAAGAGCCGGUGAUGGUUACUACCGAGGAGAUGCGGGCAUCGAUUCUGCACCACUGUUCAUUCGAGCCGGUGAUUGACUUCGACCGAUUCUCUUCUUGGGAUAGGCUACUACGAGCAACCGCAUUCGCUCUCCGAUUCGUACGCAAUACGACCAAGAUGCACCCGAAAUACACAGGACAACUUCAGCAGUCUGAACUUCGAGCAGCAGAAACUACGAUAUGCAAGCUAGUGCAGUACGACUCCUACCCUGAUGAGAUCGCUGCACUGUCCAACAAGGUACCGAACGAAACCGGGCAGGAGGCUAUCGGGAAACACAGCUCCAUCUACCGAUUAAUGCCGAUUAUGGACGACAACGGGUUGCUACGUGAACGUGGCCGGAUCGGAGCAGCUGCAGACAUCGGCUACAACGUGUGUCAUCCAAUUAUACUGCCGAGAAAUCAUCAUAUCACGGAACUUCUCGUUCGUCGAUACCAUGAGCGAUACCGUCAUGGAAAUACAGAAACGGUGGUUAACGAGAUCCGCCAGCUGUACAGCAUUUCAAGACUGCGGUUGGUGGUCAAAGGGGUGGACUAUUUCGGGCCGCUGCUGGUCAAGCUGGGAAGAUCAAACGUCAAACGCUGGGUCGCAUUGUUCACCUGUUUAACAGUACGUGCCGUCCAUCUCGAAGUCGCGUACACACUGUCAACCGAAUCCUGUAUUUCCUGCGUCCGCCGAUUCGUGGGUCGCCGAGGCCCACCCGCCGAAUUCUUCAGUGACAACGGAACAAACUUCCAAGGCGCUGACCGAGUGCUGCGACAUCAGAUUAGCCAGGGACUGUCCGACACCUUCACUAGUACCAAUACUAAAUGGAACUUCAUUCCGCCAGGAGCACCGCACAUGGGAGGAGCAUGGGAACGCCUGAAACUCGAUGACGAGGGGCUGCAGACACUGGUCGUGGAGGCUGAACGUAUGGUGAACUCGAGGCCUCUGACGUAUCUGCCGCUAGAGUCUGAGGAGUCGGAGGCACUUACACCGAAUCACUUUUUGGUGUUGAGCUCAAGCGGGGUGAUACAACGAAGAGAUCAACGAAGCAACGAUACAGUCUGGCCGAAGUGGUUCGACGAAACUCGUUCGCUAGAACCAGGAGAUCUGGUGAUGGUCGCAGAACCGACGAAGCGAAACGGAUGGGAACGAGGACGAAUCAUUGGCAUGAUCUCGAAUCCGGAUGGUCGACAUCGUCAGGCCGUCGUACAGAUUGGACAAAGAGCGUGGUGCGGCCGGUCUCAAGGUUAG